CGGGCGAGCGGGGCCAGGACGCGGCCGCGCCGCCGCCAGUGCAGGCAGCAGCAGCGGCAGCAGCGGCAGCAGCAGUAGCAGCAGCAGCAGCAGCGGCGGCAGCAGAAGCAGCAGCAGCGGCAGCAGCGGCAGCAGCAGUAGCAGCAGCAGCGGCGGCGGCGGCAGCAGCGACAGCAGCGACAGCGACACCAUGGCGGCCGUGGCGGGGGAAGGGCCCGGGCGGCGCGGCAAGAGGCCCGGAGCCGGCGCCGAGGAGCCGGCGGAGGCGGAAGAGGAGCAGCCCGGACGGCGGCGGCGGAGCUUCCAGCCGGCGGCGGAGUCCCGGGGAACCACCGUCCUGCACGAAACCAUCAGCGCCCGUCCGCAGCCGCUGCCGGCCAGGUACUUCGACACCGGGACGACGGAGCCCAUCAGCUUCUUCUUGUCCGGCCUGGAGGAGCUGCUGUCCUGGCAGCCCGACAGCAACGGUGACUUCAACAUCUCGGCCGUGCCGCUGGCGAAGCGAGAGCCGCCGCUGCACAGCAAGAGGCCGCGGACGCUCGUGUGCCACGACAUGCGCGGCGGGUACCUGGAGGACAGGUUCAUCCAGGGCUCGGCCACACGCAACCCCUAUGUCUUCUACCACUGGCGCUACAUCGACAUCUUCGUCUACUUCAGCCACCACACCGUCACCAUCCCGCCCGUGUGCUGGACCAACGCGGCGCACCGCAACGGCGUCCCCGUGCUGGGCACGUUCAUCACGGAGUGGACGGACGGGGAGAAGCUGUGCGAGGCGUUCCUGGCCGGCGGGGAGGAGGCGUACGGCGCGGUGAGCGAGCAGCUGGCCCGCAUCGCCCGGCACUACCACUUCGACGGCUGGCUGGUCAACCUGGAGAACACGCUGAGUGCGGCUGUGGCACGGAACCUGCCGCCGUUCCUGCGGCACCUGACGGCACAGGUGCACAGCGCCGUGCCGGGCGGGCUGGUGAUCUGGUACGACAGCAUCCUGCAGAACGGCACGCUGCGGUGGCAGAACGAGCUCAACGACGAGAAUAGGGUGUUUUUCGAUGCCUGUGAUGGGCUGUUCACCAACUAUAACUGGAAGGAGCAGCAGCUGGAGCAGACGCGCAGGCUGGCCGGGCCACGCCGCACCGACGUCUACGUGGGCAUCGAUGUCUUUGGCCGCGGGGACGUGAUUGGUGGCGGCUUUGACACUGACAAGUCCCUGCGCCUGAUCCGCCAGCACGGCCUCUCUGCUGCCAUCUUUGCCCCUGGAUGGGUCUACGAGCACCUGGGGGAGGAAAACUUCCUGAGCAAUGAGAACAAGUUCUGGGGCUUGCUGGCUGAGUACCUGCCCAUACACAGCAUCUGCACGCUGCCCCUCGCCACCUCCUUUAGCCUGGGCAUGGGCACCAGCAGGUUCCUGGAUGGGAAGGAGGAAGAGACCGGUCCCUGGUACGACCUGAGUGUGCAGGAGAUCCAGCCGCUCUAUCCAGAGCUUGAGGGCAGGCUGAGCACCAGCUGCUGCCUGCAGGAUGCCUGGUGUGGGGGCAGCUCCCUCAGGGUGCAGGGGACCAUCCCCCCUGGCGAGGAGCACGUGGCCAUCCGCCUUUUCUCUUUGCAGAUGCCGGCGCCCCCCAAGCUCUUCCUGACCCUGCUCUACAAGCUGGAGGGGCCGCACCUGGAUGAGAUCACGGUUGCCCUGGAAAUCACCACAUGGGACUCGGGUACCUGCCACGAAGGCAACAUGACCUCCCUGCCCGAGCCCAACGGCCGCCACCACCCCCGGUUCCUCCCAGCACCACCGCCCGGCCUCGCCAAGCUGCUCGCUGCCUGCAGCCGUAGCUCCCAUGGCUGGACCAGCCGGUGCUACGAGCUGGACCUGCAGGACUGCAGCCUGCGGGACCUCUCCCUGCUCGUGUCCCGCCACCAGCCCAGCCCACAGGAGACCCCCUUCACCUGCCUCCUCGGCGAGGUCCGGGUGCUGGAUGCGGCCAGCGUGGCGGCUGCUGCGCCACAGGUGCAAAGCCUGGUGGCCUCACAGUUCUGGUGGCAGGAGGGUCCCUCAGCAGAGCAGCUCUCGCUCAGCCUCACCCUCCGCUGGGUCUUUCCCCCCGGCCGCGCCAACUGCUUCCGCGUGCUCAGCCUGGGUGCCCGCUGUCGCCAGGGCCAGACGGCGCCGCAGCUGCUGGGGCUGGCGCAGGGCUGCCUGUUCCGUGCCGUGGGGCUGCCGGUGCCGCGGCCGGUGCCUGGCCAGUCCUGCCGGCUGGAGCUGCUGGUGGAGCCAGUGCUGCGCGAUGAGCUGCCCGUGGGCACCGAGCGCUGGGGCCGGCUGGUGCUGGUGUACUCUGAGCCAGCCGGCGGCACCAGCCGGGACGGGCAUUAAAGGUGAACGAGGUGCAAUCCCA